AUGGUGUGGACCAAAAAAGCGGCCGCCUUUGCCGUGGCAUCCCUUCCGAUCAUCGCCCAAGCAGCAAUUAUCCGCGACAUAUCCGGCCUCAUUGAACGCGCAGAUCUCGGCAACGGCGCCGCGCCUUUACCCUCGAUCCCGGCCGGUCACAACCGAAAGCGACAAGUCACCGGCGGCUUUCUCGACACAGAUCCCGGCACGACGACGACCGCAAACUGCGGCGACGCGGCGAGCUUCAGCCUCAACAACUUCGGCCAGCUCGAAGUCAAUGGCCAGGUGCUCUCGACGAACCCCGGCACGCCCUUCAUCGCCCUGCGUCCGAUCACCCCGCAAGGCAGCAUCACCGUCACCUUCAGCCUCAACAACGGCGCCCUCACGUGGUCGAACGACGCCUUCUUCGGCGGCCAGGCCGGCUUCUGCCAGGACCCUACGGGCCAGGUCUACGCCACAUUCGCCGACCCGGCCAUCGCUUACCCGGCCAACUGCGCCGCUAUUCGACUCGGCCCCGUCUUAGCGUCAACCUGCCAGGGCGGCUCUGUUAUACCCAGCGGUCUGCUACCGCCCACAGGCACGUCUGCUGCAAGCGCGGGAAUUACGUCGGGACAAGCGUCGGGACAAGUGUCAGGACGAGUAACAGCCCUCCCUACGACCAUCGUCAGCACCGGCUCCGACGGCAGCGUGUUCAGCACCGUCAGCAGCUUCGAGACGACGCUCACGGGGCCCAUAACCGGGGUCCCCACCGACACCCCGGCGGUCCCGACUUCCUCCGCCGUCAUCAACGGCACGCUCUCGCUGCCGCCGGGGAUGUAUCCCGGAGGCAGCGCCUUCUCAAGCCCGGCUGGGGAGACGUGCAGGGUUGUCACUGAGUCUUGGAUGUUUGGGGAGACGACGCUGCUUCCGCGCACUACAACGGUGGUCUGA